CGUAGUCACGGCAACGGCUCAUGUGAUCAGUCGUCGGACCGUCGCGCGCCGGGCAACAGGGGAUAUUCGUGCCGGUGUAAGACUCGAAUUGGCGUUUCGCGCCGCCGCAACCUGUUACUCUCGAAGGUUUGACAGCUCGACAGUCGUACGGACAAUUUUCGAUUUUCGAUGAAACGCGAAGUGGAUGACUCGUUGCUUCGUUGCACUCCGAUUCGAUAGUUCGCGACGUCCGAGGGAAAAGUGACCGCGCGCGAAUGUGGAUAUAUCCGACAAGUGCGAGUGCGUGAGUUGCGUCAUCGAUGUGAUAGUUUUCGUCGUCUCUUUUUAACGCGAUGUCGUGAAAAGAGUUUCGUCGUCGAAACUGUUCUUCGGAAGAACCGAACAACGAGAUAAAAGUCGUUCGAUUUGCGUAGAACGCUCGAAAUCGCUAUACGAAAUGAAGUGUGCCGCGAGACGUCAGCGCCGAAUGACGUCGCCGCGAGAUUCGAAACUCAUUGAACGCAUUAUUGCCAAGUGAUGUAAGUGAUUGAUACGGGAUCAAUUGAUGCGAAAUAUGACGCGUCGCGUCGACGAAUUCGCGAUCGUGAUUCGCGUGCGUGAAUAUGAUUGACGGGACAAUCGAGGAGCUUCGGAAAUUCGCGAGGGAGAAGAAGAGAGAGAGAGAGAGAGAAGAGAAGAAAGGGUGUUUUCCGUUGCCACGCGACGUGACGUUUUGGCGGGAAAAAUCGGCGGAGUGAUACGCUGACAAUCGAAGGGACACGCGGGUGAAAUAGAUUCGUGGGGUGUUAUGGUGCGCGCGUUUUCGUCGAUGAACCUCGAGGAUAGAUGCCUGGAUCUUACGGUGGUGGUGGGACAAGGGUGGUCCUGCAAGUCCGUUAGCAGCCCUCAGGCUCCUCGUACGCCGCACGUCGCCGCCGACGUCGUCGGCGCCGGCAUGAUGCCACGAGGUCUGCCGACGAGACGUGGCCUCCAGACGUUAGCGCUCGUCAUCGCGACCGCUUACGCUACAAUCCUCCUCUACCAGGCUGUUGCAGCGCGUCAGUGGAUCGACGAGAUGAACGUGGCGGAAGUGAAUAGCCGUAGCGUGAUAGUGGAAGUGCCGGCGUUGAGGAAGUUAAUCAGCGAGGAGUCGCCGGUGACUCCGCCGGUGGCGACGGCGACGAUGGCACCGUUCGCCACGAAUCUCAACGACGUAUUUAUCAGUGUGAAGACCACCAAACAUUAUCAUCAUUCGCGUUUACCGGCCAUCAUCGACACGUGGUUCCAAUUCGCCAAGAAUCAGACCUGGUUCUUCACCGAUAAAGACGACCUGUACUUCCAAAAUCAAACUAAUGGCCACAUGAUCAACACCAAGUGCUCGUCCUCGCACAAUCGGCGGGCUCUUUGCUGCAAAAUGUCUGUGGAAUUCGACAGAUUUCUCGACAGCGGCCGAAAAUGGUUCUGCCAUUUCGAUGACGAUAAUUACGUGAAUGUGCCACGCCUGUUGAAGCUCCUGGACAAUUAUAGCCCGCGAGAGGAUUGGUACCUUGGCAAGCCCUCGAUACCUGCGCCCUUGGAGAUCAUCAGGCAGGGCCCGGAGCCGCAAAAGCGACCGCAAAAGGUGAAGUUCUGGUUCGCCACGGGUGGUGCUGGAUUCUGUCUCAGUCGAGCACUGGCACUCAAGAUGACACCGGUUGCCGGCGGAGGAAAAUUCAUCACCGUCGGCGACAGAAUCAGAUUACCAGAUGAUGUAACGAUGGGGUACAUUAUCGAAUAUCUGUUGAAAAAACAACUCACAGUCGUAGAACAGUUUCACUCGCAUCUUGAGCCAAUGAAGUUCCUGAAUAAGGAUACCUUUCACGAACAGGUUUCUUUUAGUUAUUCCAAGGGACCUAGAGAUGAAUGGAAUAUCCUGAAGAUAGACGGUUUUGACAUGAAGGACGACCCAAAGAGAUUCAGGUCCAUUCACUGUCAUCUGUUUCCUCAUGUUCCUUAUUGUCCGCACAGAUGAUACAAGAUCGCGCGGCAAAUGUAAAAAUAAAAAAAGUCGAACUUACUGAUCUUUUGUUGUGUUAGAAAAAACAUGGGGAGAAAACGUAAGUUCUCGUUAAAGAGGAUGAGAGCAGAGAGUAUUUCCUGAUUGCAUACAGAGAGGAAACAUGAAAGGUCAACAUACGGUAAGGAGCAUAACUUAAUUAAUAUCGAUAUUUUAAGAAAGAAAAUUAUUAAAAUUAUUCUUAUUCUUUAGAUAUAUAUAUA